ACCAACACAAAGCCACGUUUUGAAAUGGACUGUCUCGACUAUCUAUCGUCGCGCCCAGUUUCAAGUACUGACCUACAGGAAGACCGAUGACAGCGAGCUUUUUAGAAGUUGUUAGCCCGUUCCAUCGUGAACUUUGGGGAAUUUGGGUCAGGGGCUGCGGACCGAUCCGGGAUCGCAGCCAGGCGACAACCCCCCCUAUAGUUUCGGAUUUGGUAUAUUUGGUAUAAAACCGCCACCAACAAAUAUCCAACAACUCAUGAUAAUGCAGCACUGUUGGACCAAAGCAGCCCGAAGUAUUUCCUUGAUGAAUCCGUCUUUCCGCACCCGCCCUUCUUGUUCUCUCAAAAUGGGACUCGUGAAUACCACCUCGUUCAUAUGGACCGUCAACCUUAGCGGAACGGGUGGAAACCCACAAUUCAAUCUGAGUGCAGGAGAAACUUUCUUCUUCGGCGUGUUUCAAACCGGAACCACGAAUCUCUUUGAGAGUCAAUACAUCAACAUCACCAGCAACGCAGUCGCGUCUCCGGCAUCUUCAAGCACGACGGCCGUUCAAACCUCUACGGCCUCCGGUACCAGUUCAAUGCCUCCACCCUCAAGCACUUCAGUAACUCCAACCUCCGGUAGCCAAACACCUUCGGCAUCACCCUCUUCAAGUCCAUCGGCUAAGGGAGGAUUGAGUACCGCAGCCAAAACAGGACUGGGCGUUGGGCUUGGUGUUGGAGUCGUCGCCCUCACUGCAGGUCUCGGUGCGGGAUACUUUCUCCACAGACGCAAGAAGGGUUCAGCCGCCGAUGCUCAUCUCAUAGAAGAACAUCCCCAAGACGGGCCGGAGGGCAAGCAACUGGUGGAGGCCCUGCAAGAAAUGCCGCAGACUCAGGCCAAGGCAUGGAAGCCUGCGCGGUCGAUCUAUGAGUUGUGAGAAUGGAUAAUCUGUCGGAUAUGUAACAUUGGACCCUUUCUCUAGUUGAUUUAGCGAUGUUCCCGAGUCAAAAGGCUUGUUCAUACACGGCUAUUACUGAUUGGUGGAGAAUGAGGCGCCUCGAAUUAAGGUUAAUGCAAGGGUCGGGAAGCGAGGAAAUGACAGGUUUGCAUAAAAGCUUGUGCAUGCACCAGAGAGGUUCGGAGCCAAUCACAUGGGCCGGGUGGCUGCAUAAGGGUUCGCGACAUCCGGGUUCCAUAACGUAGCAU